AUGCUGCUUUUAAAGAUUUUGCAAGAAAAGAAAGACAACAGAGAUUUAGAACACUGUCCUAAAAUACGAAAAAUUUCCUCAAAAACUGAAGAGCAGGAAGAAAGAAAAUUUUUCGGUGCACGCGUGGGAUUUACCGAAGCCUUAACCGUGAAAAAGAAAGACGAACGUUCAUUACGAGGAGAUGCCACUUUGGUUGAAAAACAACGUUUAUUGCCGGAAGAUGCGAAUCCGGCUGAUAGAGCUAGAGUACCAGAACCAUCCCUCACGGAAUACAUCAUUCGACCAAAAUGGAAAGUUGAAGGUGGGCCAGCGAAGGGUGGGUCGAAAAAAAGAAAACCAACCAAGCUGGAAGAACUUAGUAGAAAAGUUAAAGCAAUGAAAAGAGCCAGCAUUUCAAAGCCAGCGGUUUCCGUCAGCCUCCAGGGAAACAACAUGAGUCUAAAACAGCGCAGUCUGCGUAGCACUUCACUUUUGUAA